AUGGGUAAGUUAUUCUUUCUGUCAGAUCAAAAUCCAGUCUCUACAGAAUAUUAUGAUGUGUUAGGUGUGUCACCACAAUCCACUGAUAAUGAUAUAAAGAAAGCAUAUCGAAAAUUAGCAAUAAAGUAUCAUCCCGAUAAAAAUCUGAACAAUCCUGAGGCGGAACAAAAGUUUAUCAAAAUAUCUGAAGCAUAUCAAGUGUUAUCUGAUCCUGUACUUCGUAAGAGGUAUAAUGAAUAUGGUGAGGAAAACGGUGUACGUCCAGAUGGAGGAUUUGUUGACCCAGAAGACUUCUUUAAACAAUCUUUCGGCGGAGACCGAUUUGUCGACAUUAUCGGUGAGAUUACUAUCGGCAAGGAUAUGAAAGAAGCGCUUGAAAAGCAUGAAGAAGAAGAACAGCUAGAUCCCAAAUCACUUCCGCCUGAAGAAAAGCACAAGCGCGAAUUAAAACGUCAACAGUUGCAGCAAGAACGAAUCGAGUUGAAGGAGAAAAGGAUCAACACUUUAGUAGAAAAACUUAUCAACAAACUGAGUCUUUAUACCGAACUGGUUGAUGUAUCCGAGGAAGCACGUGUGGCUGCUUUUACAAAUAUUAUGCAAAUUGAAGCAGAAGAUCUGAAAUACGAAAGCCAUGGUAUAGAGUUAUUGCAUGCCAUUGGAAAUACAUAUAUACUGAAAGCAACGCAGCAUUUGAACAAACGGAUUGCGUUUGGACUAGGCCGUAUGUUUCAUUCCAUGAAAGAGAAGGGCUAUAUUCUUAGUGAAACAGUAGGAACGUUAAAAUCUGCCCUGGACCUUCAAUCGAGUUUUUCAGUUUUACAGAAGAUGGAAGAAAAAGGUACUCUAACAGACGAAGAGCGAAUGAAAUUGGAAGCGCAAGCUGCUGAAAAAGGCUUCCAAGCCAUUUGGAGAGGAUCGAAAAUGGAAGUAGAGAGCGUCUUAAGGGAGGUGUGCGAACGGGUCCUAACAGAUGCUUCUGUAUCGCCUGAAAGUUUAAGAAGCCGCGCUAUUGCGCUAAAGUUACUGGGAACAAUUUAUAUAAAAGUGCAACCUGAUGUCACACCAGAAGACAUACCUAUACCGCAGACCAAUGCUAUACACCAGCAAUACCAGCCUUCGUCAAAUUCAACAACUAAUAAUUCUAAUGAUAAUAAUGCAAAAUUAACAAAUAAUUCUUAA